GGGGAAAAAAAAGUGGGCUGUGACUUGAAGAUCUUAAGACUCACCAGUGAGGGGCUGGGCUGGAGGUGGGAGGAGGGAGUGCCUGGAGUGUCCGAGGAGACAGACCCAGGAGGGUGCAAGGAAGUGCCACAGCUGAGACUGGGGCAGGGCCCAGCGAGUGGAGGCCAGUCUGCAGGACAGAGGCCCCUACUCCUCGGGGUCUGGCAGCCAGAGGCCACCCCUCAGACUGUGUGUGGGAACGGUUCUGGGCACCGCGCACCCUUCUCCUCCCGAGGCUCACCCUGGAAGCUCAGGGUGCCUGCUGAGUCGGUGAGGGGACCACAGAGCUGAUCCCGGCGAAAGGACCUGCCUGUCUGUCUCUCCGCUCCCCAGCAUGGAGGAAGGUGGGGAUUUUGACAACUACUAUGGGGCGGACAACCAGUCUGAGUGUGAGUACGCAGACUGGAAGUCGUCGGGGGCCCUCAUCCCUGCCAUCUACAUGCUCGUCUUCCUCCUGGGCACCACGGGCAAUGGCCUGGUGCUCUGGACUGUGUUUCGGACCAGCCGCGAGAAGAGGCGCUCGGCCGACGUCUUCAUUGCCAGCCUGGCGGUGGCCGACCUCACCUUCGUGGUGACCCUGCCGCUGUGGGCCACCUACACGUACCGGGACUACGACUGGCCCUUCGGCACCUUCUCCUGCAAGCUCAGCAGCUACCUCAUCUUCGUCAACAUGUACGCCAGCGUCUUCUGCCUCACCGGUCUCAGCUUCGACCGCUACCUGGCCAUCGUGAGGCCGGUGGCCAAUGCUCGGCUGAGGCUGCGGGUGAGCGGGGCAGUGGCCACGGCGGUCCUGUGGGUGCUGGCCGCCCUCCUGGCCAUGCCCGUCAUGGUGUUCCGUACCACCGGGGACCUGGAGAACACCACCAAGGUACAGUGCUACAUGGACUACUCCGUGGUGGCCCCCUCCAACUCCGAGUGGGCUUGGGAGGUGGGCUUGGGGGUCUCAUCCACGGCUGUGGGUUUCGUGGUGCCCUUCACCAUCAUGCUGACCUGCUACUUCUUCAUCGCCCGAACCAUCGCCGGUCACUUCCGCAAGGAACGCAUCGAGGGGCUGCGGAAGCGGCGCCGGCUGCUCAGCAUCAUCGUGGUGCUGGUGGUGACCUUCGCGCUGUGCUGGCUGCCCUACCACCUGGUGAAGACGCUCUACAUGCUGGGCAGCCUGCUGCACUGGCCCUGCGACUUUGAUCUCUUCCUCAUGAACGUCUUCCCCUAUUGCACCUGCAUCAGCUACGUCAACAGCUGCCUCAACCCCUUCCUCUACGCCUUCUUCGAUCCUCGCUUCCGCCAGGCCUGCGCCUCCAUGGUGUGCAGGGACUCGCUCCACGGCAGCAGCGGGGAGAAGUCGGGCAGCUACUCUUCCGGGCACAGCCAGGGACAUGGUCCCAACAUGGGCAAGGGCGGAGAGCAGACGCAGGAGAAGUCCAUCCCUUACAGUCAGGAGACUCUGGUGGUGGACUAGGGCUGGGCACGGGGCUGGGGCGGGGGAAGCCUGGAGCCCUCAGCCUGCCCUAGCCUCUCCGGGAUCUCUGAGAAGCAAGUGGCGUGCUGCCCAGCCCUCUUGCCCCUGCUCCCUGUCUUGGGUUUGUCCUCCUCUUACUCUCCUACAUUCUUUCCCAGAGGUUUGUGGCGUGGUUGGAAGGGAGGCUGAGGUCAGCCAAUCCUUGCUCAGUCACUCUGCGCACAUCUAUCUGAACCCUGCUGGCUCUCUCAGAAGCUGUUGGAGUUUUCUUCUCUUUUUCUGCAAGGUGUAUGGCUCAAUCCUUUCUCUCUGGGCUCCAAUCCCCUCUGUCCUGUUUGUCUCCUGCCCUCACACCUUUCCCUC